AUGGAGGCAUUGAUGGGGAUCAGAGCUCCGAUCUCAAUGCCAUCGGCGGUUCUGACAAGUGGAGCAAGUGGAAGGGUUAGGGCGCUGUUCUCGAUGCGGACACUGCGGAGCCUACUGCUACUCCUCAAUAGCAUCCUGUUGUUGAUUGUCCUUCCGUUCCGGCGGCCGGAGGUAAGGGAGAAGGGUAAAAGGGUGGGAGGCGUGGCGGUGAGGAUUGUGAGGUCGAGGAGGAGAGGCGGAGUAGGAAGGGAUUACGUGAUUUUUGCGACGAGAAGGUCUGGCAAGCUCUUCAUCCGGUCUUGGACGCCCUUCUCCGUCCCUACCAGGUUAUCCCUGGUAUGA